ACAGAUGGCGUGUUCAAAACAUAAUACGGCCGCCGCUGCUGCUGCUGCUGCUGGUGGAGGCCAGGCGGAGUUUGGCUACGGUCCGUAGACAAAGGCGAGAGAUGGGCUAUGAAGCCUCACGACCCUGGCGCUGGACACAUUACAAGAGGUUUGUUCCACGUUAAACUAUAAGCCUAUCCGUUCUCCCCAUCAGCGAAAAAGUGCUCCUGCUGUGGCCAGUUGUUUCAUUGUUUACAUCUUCACACCACUGGGAGAUCAAAUACCAAGGGACAUCUGCUGCAAACAGGACUAAAAAGCACUGAAUGUUCAAGUUUUCACGUUAAAAGGGAGCUGUUGCAAAGAAGAAUGGCAUGAUUUGGAUAUAAAAACCACCUCAAGAUGUUGGUUGAAUUAGUAUUUUUUCGUAAAAGCAAGUCCAUGUCAAACAAAUGGCGAUGAUCUUUUGACAGAAAGGGCAUGCUGAGGACUGGGGUUUGACGGUGCUCCUUCUUUUGUUGUAGUGGUUAAUAAAUGCUUAAUGGACUUUGGCUCCCUACUUCAAGAUGGAGUUUUUUUUCAACCCCUUUGACAAUUUGUUGUGUAUCCUCCUUGGGAUAUCUUUCACUGUCUGGGUCACCCUGCUCCUGGUUUUCAUCAUUGUUCCUGCCAUUCUUGGGGUUUCAUUUGGCAUCCGAAGACUAUAUAUGAAAACUUUGCUUAAAAUUUUUGAGUGGGCCACUCUAAGAUUAGAAAGAGGUGCAAAAGAGAAGAAUCACCCCCUUUACAAACCAUACUCAAAUGCACUCAUUGCGAAGGAGCCAACCUCUCUGGAGGAAGAGAUUAAGGAGAUACGGCGCAGUGGCAGCAACAAAGACUUAGAUUCAGCCACUGAGUUUGAAAUGUCAGACAUCUUUUAUUUUGCUCGCCGAGGAGUGGAGAGCAUCAUGGACGAUGAGGUGACCAAGAGGUUCUCUGCAGAGGAACUGGAAUCCUGGAACCUGCUCACUCGGAGCAACUACAACUUCCAUUACAUCAGCCUCAGAUUGACUGUUCUAUGGGGGCUGGGCCUUCUCAUCCGCUAUGGGCUUCUGCUGCCACUCAGGGUAACUCUUGCCUUCACUGGUGUGGGCCUCCUUGUGUUUCUCACCUCAUUGAUUGGAUUAUUACCAAAUGGAAGGAUGAAAAACCUCUUGAGUGAGAAAGUGCAUUUGAUGUGUUAUAGAAUAUGUGUCAGAGCAUUGACUGCGAUCAUCACUUACCAUGACAGUGAGAACAAACCCAAGAAUGGAGGAAUCUGCGUCGCCAACCAUACCUCACCUAUUGAUGUUAUCAUCCUGGCUAGCGAUGGCUGCUAUGCAAUGGUUGGUCAAAUUCACGGUGGUUUGAUGGGGGUCAUUCAGAGAUCUAUGGUCAAGGCCUGCCCACAUAUUUGGUUUGAACGCUCAGAAGUCAAAGAUAGACAUCUAGUGGCCAAAAGGCUAAGUGACCAUGUGGAAGACAAAACCAAACUCCCAAUUCUUAUUUUUCCAGAAGGUACUUGCAUCAAUAACACAUCUGUCAUGAUGUUUAAAAAGGGAAGCUUUGAGAUUGGAGGAACUGUGUACCCAGUUGCUAUUAAGUAUGAUCCACGAUUUGGAGAUGCUUUUUGGAACAGUAGCAAAUUUGGGAUGGUCAACUACCUGCUGCGCAUGAUGAGCAGCUGGGCCAUCGUUUGUAGUGUGUGGUACCUUCCACCAAUGUCACGUGAGGAAGGGGAAGAUGCUGUCCAGUUUGCCAAUCGUGUGAAGGCAGCCAUUGCCAGGCAGGGUGGAUUGGUUGACCUUCUGUGGGAUGGGGGUCUGAAGCGAGAUAAGGUAAAAGAUACCUUCAAAGAAGAGCAACAGAAGUUGUACAGCAAAAUGCUGGUGGGUACUCAAGAGAACCGCAGUCGCUCGUGAGGGAACUAUGGAUGUAUUCCUGGGAACCAUUGGCCAGUGAAUGGUCAGCUCUGCUCCUGUCUGUUGACGCAUGUGAACUGGAGAAGAUCCUUUUCUCAUGUCAACAGAACUCCAUUUGGCUUCCUCAGUCACUGCCACUGUCUGGCACGUUUCAGUUUGCAUUGCUCUUUGGGGUUGCUCUGAGUCUGCUACAUUUUGUUGGAAGAACAAAUUGAUGCACUCAGGCAGUGUUGUCUUCCUUUAGUAGAAAAAGCCAAUUUUCCUAUUUUUGUUUUAGUUUGGGAUUUUAGAGGUUACUAUAAUUUUUUUAUCACAGUAUUUAAGUUGCAUUUACUUAAUAUUGGGGCACUAGAGAGACCUCUUGACAGGGGGAGUCCUUUACUUGAACUGACUCGAGUCCAUUGGAAAUGCCUUUCUUGGUUUAAGGCAGAAUUACAUUUCAUUGCAUUUUUUGAGGAGAAAAAUGUUAUUCAUUGUUCAGGGAGACUGAAAGAUGGAUGUUUAGUUACACAUUUGGUUGUUACAUUGGGUCUUUUCCAUUGAGUGUGUAAUUUUACAUUAUGAUAUGGAAUUUGAAACCCAAAGUUAAACUCAUUUUCAAAAAUGGAACUAAAACAUUAUUUAAUAACUUUAUUUAUUCUAAUUUUAUUAUGGUCUUAAAGAUUUUUUUUUCAUUCCCAUUUACUUGCUAAAAUGCUAAAAUAGCAGGUAUCAGAAAUGACUGCACUGAUCCUGUAUUGUCCAUUUCAUUUCAACUUUUCAACGAGUGUUUUGGUUUGUUUCUUUUAACCAGGAAUGGUCUGAGUUGUAGCCAAUCCUCAGCAAAUGAAUGUGAAUUUGCAAUUAAAAAUUAUAACGGAUUUUGAAUACAAAAAAGGGACAUUGAAUUAUUUUUUUUUCUCCUGAUCAAUCAAUGAUCGCUCUUCUGUGACUCUGAGGAGAGAGUGAAAGAUUGCAUAUUUUUUAACUGAUAUGUUGCAGCAGGUAGCCAAUCAAAGUGGCCAUGAGUAAAUAAAUGUUCAAUGUUUGCAUGGGGCUU